UGAAUAUGGCUGUGAUCCUGAACGCCUACCCUCCGUGCUCGUGGACAUCGUAUGAGAGGAGAAUUGAGAAGUGCAGCUUGGGCAUAAGAGAGCUUGAGAAGCAGCGCCCUCAUUAGCCCUACCAUCUGUUCAGACUUCAGCCAUGGCAACAUUGCUCGCCAUCCUUCCACUCCUAUUAUCACUGCAUCCCCUCCUCUCGAGUGCUGCGCCUCGAGACACUCUACUGCCGGGAUCCUUGCUCUCCGUCAACAAGUACCAGACUGACAUCCUGCGCUCGCGGGACGGCACUUUCACCUGCGGCUUCAACAGCAUCUACACCAACGCCUUCACCUUCUCAAUAUGGUACACCCACUCGAGCAAGACUGUCGUCUGGACUGCGAACCGCGGCCGCCCAGUGCACGCCAGGGCGGCGGCAGUCACCCUGAAGAAAGGCAGCGCCUUGGUCCUCACGGACUACGACGGUGCGGUGGUGUGGCAGGCCCAAGGCGACAACUCAGUAGACGUGCAGUAUGCUCAGCUCCUGGAAACCGGGAACCUUGUCAUGAAGAACUCCAGCGGCAUUGUUGUGUGGCAGAGCUUCGAUUCACCAACAGACACCCUGCUCCCCACGCAGCGCAUAACUGCAACCACGAAGCUGGUCUCCACCACAGGAUUGCAUGUCCCAGGUCACCACAUAUUUCAUUUCACGGACUCGUCGAUAUUGUCCCUUUUAUAUGACGAUGCAGAUGUUCAUGAAAUAUAUUGGCCAGACCCUGACAAUGGGGAGUAUCAGAAUAACAGGAAUCGGUAUAACAACACAAGGUUUGGGGGUCUAGAUGAUACCGGAAAUUUCUUUUCAAGUGAUUUCGCCAACCAGCAAGCACUUGUUGCCUCUGAUCAAGGUCUUGGGAUCAAAAGAAGGCUCACUCUGGAUCCUGAUGGCAAUCUCCGGCUCUACAGCUUGAACAGUUCAAAUGGGGGAUGGAUGGUUUCCUGGAUUGCAAUGUCUCAACCCUGCAAUAUUCAUGGUUUGUGUGGUCCAAAUGGGAUCUGCCACUACUUGCCGGCACCUACAUGCUUUUGCCCACCAGGUUAUGUGAUGAACAACCCUGGGAACUGGAGCCAAGGCUGUAGUCUUCAAGUAGACAUUAACUGUACCAUUGACCAAGUGCAACCUGUCCAGUUCGUGCCACUUCCUGGCACCGACUUUUGGGGAUCUGAUCAGCAGCAUUACGACCAGAUAUCCUUGAAGGCUUGCAAGAACAAAUGUAGGAGAGACUGCACCUGCAAAGGCUUUCUGUACCAGGGAGGAACAGGGUCAUGCUAUCCAAAGUCUUUCCUUUUCAACGGGAAGGCAUACACGCCGCCUAACAAGUCAUAUCGCACCAUGUAUCUCAAGCUCCCCAUGAGUGUUAAUAUUUCAGGCAUCUCUGUUCCCCGAAUUGAUUUGCUUAUUUCAAGAGAGUACCAUCCUGAUUGUAGAAAGAUGAGCAAUAAAACACCACUGGAACCAUUUCCAGAGAUUCACAAGACCAGUCAGGGGGAAGCAAAAUGGCUUUACUUCUACGGGUUUGCAGGUGUAAUUUUUGUUCUUGAAGUUUUCUUCAUUGCGUUGGUAUGGUGCUUUGUUUUGAGAAGGGAGUUGGGAGCGUCAGAAAUACAGGCAGUUGAGGAAGGGUACAAGGUGAUGGCUAGCAACUUCAGAAGAUACAGCUACAAAGAGUUGGUGAAGGCAACCAGAAAUUUCAAAGAUGAGCUAGGAAGAGGAGGCUCAGGGAUCGUCUACAAGGGAAUCUUAGAUGAUAGUCGAGGAGUGGCUGUUAAGAUGCUGGAAAAUGUAAGGCAAGGCGAGGAAGAAUUUCAAGCAGAAUUGAGCAUAAUUGGGAGAAUCAAUCAUAUGAAUCUAGUAAGAAUAUGGGGGUUUUGCUCUGAAAGCUGCCACAGGAUGUUAGUCACCGAGUAUAUUGAGAACGGAUCAUUAGCUAACAUCCUAUUCAAGGAAAACAUUCUGCUAGAGUGGAAGCAGAGGUUUAAUAUUGCGUUAGGUGUAGCGAAGGGUUUGGCUUAUCUUCACCAUGAAUGUCUUGAGUGGGUAAUACACUGUGACGUGAAACCGGAGAACAUACUCUUGGAUCAGAAUCUAGAACCCAAGAUUGCUGACUUUGGGUUGGCGAAACUGUUGAACAGAGGUGGAACCGAUCAGAAUGUGUCACGAGUGCGAGGAACCAUAGGCUACAUCGCUCCAGAGUGGAUCAGCAGUCUUAAGAUCACAGCCAAAGUUGACGUGUAUAGCUAUGGGGUUUUGCUUAUUGAACUACUUUUGGGUAAAAGAGUUCUCGACCUGGCUGUAGGUGCCGAUGAAGAGGUGCAUAGGGUGCUCAGGAAGCUUGUAGGAACGCUUGCUGAUAUGUUGGAUAGAGAGGAACCCUCUUCAAUUGCCGAGGUUGUGGAUUGCAGGCUGAACGGACAAUUCAACUGCACGCAGGUAAGGACACUGAUCAGAUUGUCUGUCUCAUGCUUGGAUGAAGACAGGAACAAAAGGCCAACUAUGGAAUCCAUAGUGCAGAUGCUACUUUUAGCUGAUGAAUCUUACAGCAAAAGCUAGGUGAUGAUCUACAUAAUAAAGUGCCUACAGGUGGAAAUACUUAGCAGGAUGUGAGUCACUGUAAUGCAAUUAUAAGGUUACUUUAUUGCAUUGCUGCAUAUUUCUCAUAUUGUAUGGUCAUUUCUUUGGUUUUCAAUCGGUAGCUGAUGUUUUGCAUGCUGAUUGCAAGACAUAGUUGAUCAGUUCAUGCAGCUUCAGUUAGAUCUAAUUCGAAAUUCCUAGAAUAAGGAGUAAGAAGUUUUAUUCUCACCAACAGGGAUAUCUUUUCUCUAGAAUAAUAUUUACAAGGAUAAGAAUAUGUUAUUAGCUA